AUGGCAAGCUUACUUGGCCAUUUGCACUUCUGGUCAUUGAGGAAGUUUGCAAACAGGACAGGUUCUGAUAUUGGCACCCAUAUUUACCAUGACAAAGCUUCUGGUACAGGUGGCAAUUUUUUUGUUUACUGUUCUAUUGUAUUCAUUGGUCUACUAGGCCCUACAGGGGAGACAUCUUACUCUGAACAAAGGAGACUUUGGGGAGAGGACAGGGGAAUAUCAUGGACACCGAAAAACCGUAGACCAGAGAAGCUAAGAGAUGUACUUAAAGAGUGUGAGGAUUUGUUACAGCAGAACAGAGUCCUUGAUGUUCGAUGGAGAACUUUAAGAAAUAUACAGGUGCUUCUUAGUAAUGGAUCUUUGAUUUCCAUCUUGGUGUCCUCUUCUUCUGGUGAUAUUGAAAAAAUUUCCCUUGACAAGACUUUAACUGGAAAAGUUCCUGAUGCAAUAAACAAAGCAAUUGUCAGAGACUCUUUUUUGUUGUUCUCGCUCAAGGAAAAACCUAAAAUUUGCUAUAUGUAUUUUAACAAAAAACCAAGCCUGGACUUCAAAAAGCUGGAAAAAAUGUCAGCCAUGGAUCCAAAGACAAUGUACAUUGAUCUACCUGGGCCAUCAAGUAAGAGACUUGACAGGCACUUGUCAAUCAACUCACGCCAAGACAUGGCACUGGUUUGGUGGUCUGGCCACAGUGAAGAAGCUUGGCCAUGGUCUCCAAUGACUGCUGAAAAGGACAGAGCAAAUAUGGCCAUCUUUAGUUUGAAUGGGCCAAAGAUUGAGAUGCUGUCCUUUGUUAGAUCGGACUCAGAGCCUGUACAUGCUUUGUUCAGUUUCAAUCAGCCCCACCACAUUCUUACCUUGGAGCAGUCAUCAGCUGGAGGAGGAGAAAAUAGCAUUGAUAGUUGUAUUUAUGUUUACAAUGGCACCAAGAUUGAAAAACUCUCUACUACCACUAUUCCAUUAAAAGCUUCAAUUAUUGUUCAACAAAGAAAUCACGCUGAGGACAAACUACUGCUGGGAUGUGAGGAUGGCACUUUGAUGCUGUAUGAUGACCACAGACGAGUGACCCAGAUGACAAAAGGCAGCCUGAUUCCGUCAAUUAUACAUUGGCAUCCUGGUGAUGCUGUGGUGCUAGUAUGUAGUGCUGAUGGAGACAUUAAGGUAUACGACAUGGCAUUGGCUCCAGUCCUUAUUCAACUUGUAGCAGAAAAUCCUUCCCCACAACAUACGUUGAAGCUCCGUGAAUACUUACUGAACCCAGUGAAACUGAAUAAGGUGUCCUGGUCAUGCGAAGCUCCUAUCGGUAACCUCUCAGACAACAGUUUAUGUUGCCAUGACAACUUGGUUAUCUUGUUUGACAGGGGACCUUUGUGUUUGUUGAGACUUGAAUUAGGUGUGUUGACAAAUGGACGACUUGGCUCAGUGGAGCUGGUGUCAGAGUAUAUUAAACAUGAACAAGCUGAAGAGGCAGUGAACUUUCUUAACAGUAUGAACUGGAACACGGAGGGCAAUGCUUGUUUUGCCUGCAUGUCCAUUAUUAUGAAUUAUCUACUAAAACUUCCACUGAACUCUGAGAGGGAAGGUCUUCUUGAAGAGACACUUGGUAGUUUUUAUGCACCCAGCCGACCGCUCUCAGAUGAAACAGUUCUACAUCACAGAGACAUGAUCAGUAAAUUGUCUAGAAGAUUCUUCCAUCACUUGCUUAGAUUUAGAAGAUUUGAAAAGGCAUUUCUAUUAGCUGUAGACAUAGGAGCAAAAGACCUUUUCAUGGACAUUCAUUACCUGGCUGCUGACCUUGGUAAUUUACCACUUGCUGAAGUAGCAAAGCAAAGAGCCAUACAAAUUGACAAUGAAUCUCUAACAUCAGAUACUGGUGAAUCAUAUGAUGAUGAAGAAGAGGACCUGUCCUACAUUGAGGAGGAAAUGGCCAAUGGUCUUAUAAGGAGUAGUGAUGGUGUUUAUUAUCACAAUGAUGAGUAUGAUUACAUGCAUAAUCACACAGUAACAUCCCAUCACCUGAUGCCAUUGGAGGAUGAGGACAGUGAUGGUGCCAAUUUUAUGCAAGGAGCACAAAGAAGUCAGCACUAUUCAGGGCAAGGAAUUGAUGAGCUGGGAAUUGAUGAUUCAGAGGAGAUAGCAAAUCCUGCUGGAACACUGAAAAUUGUACAUUUUGGUGUGGUGUGAUACAAGUAUUAUUCCUCAUGUUCUGACUAAAGUUUUUUUCAAGCUCUUAAUGUAUGAAUCUCAAAGCUAUCACCUUUAAGAGAUAAGUGUUGAUAACACAAACUACAGCGUUCACUACUAUUAUCUUCAGAGUAACAAUUUGUCUGGCAGAUAAAAUGAUAUCUGCCCUUCCUUAUAUCCUUUUUCCUUUCAAGAUUUGAUAUGCAACUCUCCUUUAACUUGUCAUACAUUUGCUUAUAUAUUAGUUAUGAGAAUUUGGUUACCUAUUAAGAAAGCAUUUUCUAGUUGAUUACUCUGUUUAUUCUCAUCACUUUCUUGUUGGAUAUUGUAUUGAAAUUGUGACGAGAAGGUGUAAGUUUGUCACCUUUGGUAAUAAGAAACAGGUUUGAAAAAACCCUCUCUGUUAUGUUCAAGUUCACAUUUAUGUUCUUUAGGGAAGCUACACCUUAAAUGUUAACUCUUGGUGUAGAUUUAUUUAAUGUUUGUAAUUUUGUGCCAAGUUCUAUGCUCCACAAACUGCAUUUGUACAUUGUACUCAAAUUAAUGAUAUUUAUACUGUGUUUACAUGAAAACCCAUAUUUUCAAAUUUAUUAUCUUUAUUACCGUUCAUUGUACAGGCAUGAGUCAAGAUACACUUUACAUUUUCAAAACAUAUUUUAUGUUAAAUUUUAUACAUUUCAUAUGUAAAUUAUUUUCAUACUAAGAGCAUCGUAACUGCAUGUUUAGGUAUUCUUGUUACACAAUAGUAAUACUGAUGGUUGUUAAGUAACUAUUUGGCCUCUAGAGUUUGUACUUAAAAAAAAAUCCUUGAAAAAAGAAAAUAAAACUCAACACAGGUUCUUUUGAAAA